AUGGUAUUUUAAAAUUGUGUUGCGUGUGGAAGGAAAUCAGAAGGAUUAGUGAAAUUGCUUCCUCAUUUCAAAUCCUCAAGGGAAUACGAGUAUAUCCAUAAAAAGUGCCUAUUAUUUUACAAAUCUGAUUGGAAUCAUCGCUUGGCAAUAAAUGAGAAAUUAUUUUACAAGGAAUACUAGAAACAUUGUUCAAUAUGUGGAAAAAAAAACUAAAAAUAAAUUGUUCAUUGUUCAUAUAGGUAUAAUUAGAAUGUGUAAUUCGUAAAAGUUUAUGUAAAAAGAGCUUUCACUUUGAUUGUGUUGAGAACCCUAUAAUAUCUAAGACUGAAGAGAAUAGUCACCGUCCUCCUUAGUUAUUGAUAUUUUGUACAUACCAUGAUUCAAUCGAAAAUGUUGUUACUAAUUUAGAUGAAGCAGUGAAUUGCAUAUAUAACUCUCAUAUAGUUUAGAAAAAAGAAUAAGAAGAACCACAUUCACAUCAUAGAGUUAAACAUAAAAAGAAGCAUAAAAAAAAGCAUUCCCAUACUAGAUCUCGUUCCUAUAGAAAAAAAUCAAGGGGUUCGAGUAGAUGUUUAAAAUUUAGUGAUGGUGAAGAGUCAUAAUCUAUAAAAUAGAUUCCUUAAUACAUUGAAUCAGAUUCAAAAAGAAAGCUCUUGGUUAUUAAACCAAAUAUAAUAACUACAGAUUUAUUGAAUAAAGCUUUUUCAAUUAGUUAAUAAGGUAGUAAGCCUUAGAUUGAAAUAUCUUGUGAAGAAUCAUUGUAAAGAAAAAAUUAGUUUUAACAAUAAAAUCUUUAAUAACUACAAAUAAUGCCAUAACAACAAUUAUAGCAAUAACCACCAUAAAAUUAGUAAAUUUAGAUUGAGAACUAAAAAAAAGCAUUUAUUCGAUAGUAAAUUUUCCCCUUGAUUACUAAAACAAUUUAAGAAGAUCCUGAAUUUCCAAGGUAAGAGAGAGAAACAAAAAGAGAUUAAUCAAUAGCAAAAUGGUGGGAAAAAAUAGAUGAUAUUUAUUUUUAGGGAGAUAAUAAAAUGCCUUUAACGAAUUUAGAAGAAAUAGAUAAUCUUUUUUAAUGGCAUGAUUAAAUUUUAGAUGAGGAUCUUUUAGAUAGUGCAGAUGUUAGUAAUUUUGGUAAUACUUUGAUUUAUGGAUAGAACCAAUAAUUUAAUUAAGAUAUCUUUAUAGAGACUCCAUGAAUAUUGUUUUUCGGACUUCACAAUCUUCCUAUUAGUACACUAAUUGUAAAACAAUCUUUUAGAUUUAUACGAUAUAAUUUCACUGAUUAUAUUGGUCGAACGAAAACCAAAGGAUAGAUCCUAACUAAUCUAAGACUUUAUAGAUAUCCAUAAGAAAGUGUUCCUUUUUUGAGAAACCUAUAAAUAUCUGA